GUAAUUGUAGAUAAAUAUUGAGAACGUGUUUUGUGUCUAGGCUGAGUUUUACGAGUCAUCCUAAAAAUGUCUCCAAAAGUAACAAUACUUUUUGUGUUAUUCAUUUUUGUCAACCAAGUUUGGUCAGCGUCUGACAAAGUUAUCUGUUAUUACGCUAGCUGGGGGGCCGAAAGACCAGGAAAUGGCAAGUUCUUACCCGAAGACAUAGACCCCAACAUUUGUACACAUAUAAACUAUGCUUUCCUUGGGCUGAGUGACAAUGGAACUUUGGAAAUAUUAGAUGAAGACUUAGAUGUUACGCAAGGAGGUUUUAGUAGAAUCAGUGCCCUAAAAGAGCAAAACCCUAAUCUUAAGGUCCUCUUUAGUGUGGGGGGAGCAGCCGCAAUACCCUGGACAUUUGUGCUGGUUUCCAACGACUCGGACAACGUUGCAAGGAUGGUUCAAAGUGCCCUAGAUUUAUGCGAAAAGUACAAUUUUGAUGGCCUAGAUGUCGACUGGGAGUAUCCUUACGGUGAAAGCGCACAACAAUUUGUUAAUCUUAUUGCUUCAUUAAAAGCAGCUUUUGAGCCCAGAGGUUAUCUGGUAACAGCUGCUGUUAACUCUAUUCCUACUGAAGUAGGAGGUGGCUAUGAUAUUCCAGGAUUGUCGGCUGUUUUAGAUAUCAUAAAUGUCAUGACAUAUGAUUUUCACAAUUAUAUUGGGGGGGUAACAGCAGAGAAUUCUCCUCUCUAUGGUGGAGUUAAUGAAAGUCAGUGGGAAAAAGAUAAUCGCAAUGUGGACGGUGCUAUUAGACAAUGGAUAGACGGGGGUGCUGAUCCUGCGAAAGUUGCUGUAGGGAUAGCUUUUUACGGUCAUCAUUUUAUUCUUGCGAAUCCUUCUAAUCACGGUCUGGAUGCUGUAAUUAGUGGUCCUGGAGAACCUGGUCCAUAUACAGAUAAUCUUAGUAGUUUAGGUUACAAUGAGAUUUGUGAGUUCCAUCCUAAUGGGAAUACAGUUUUUCUUGAUGAUAUGAAAGUGCCAUAUAUGUAUGAAGAUACCUUUUGGAUUGGAUAUGAUAACGAAGAAUCUGUGGCUGCUAAGGUUCAGUACGCAAAAGACAACAAUUUAGCAGGUGUAUUCAUUUGGUCUGUUGAAACUGAUGAUUUGUACGGUUUUUGUGGACAAAGGAACGGUCUACUUAAUUCGAUUAAAAGAGCCAUGGAGUCUUAAAUUAAACUCGAUUAAAUUUGUAAUGUUGCAGUAAAACUAUUAAAAAAAAAACAAAUGCAAAAA